CAGGUGUCUUUAUAAUUUUGCCACAAUUUUAUUUCAAUGUCCUCAGUGCCUGGUUAUGUCAAUUAGCAAACAUUGUUGCGUUGAAAAAUGUAAAUAUUUACAACGUUUGCGGUCGUUAACCACAAAACUGAAAGUGUGCCAUCCACGUACAUUAACCUGGAACAAGUUAUUGUCUUAACCUCUUCCAAAUUUCCACAUUAGUUUUAAAUAAAAAUCCUUCAUCCUUCAUAGUGUAUAAUAGUGGGUUAAUUCCUGUAGACUCUACGUUGCACGUGUCACAUGGGUGUUUCAUAUUUUAACACCUUAGAAUUUCCAAACCGCAUAAAAUUCGCACUCCUUCCUGCUCAGUACUUUUCCACGAAAAUAUUGAUGGCUGGCAAUGAUUUUCCCAUAAGCAUUUCAAUCAUUCAUCCAACAACACACAAUCGCUUAACAUCACGGCCAAGGUUAACGCAUCGAAGGAUAACAAAAAAUUUGAAAAUUACCUCCAAGUCCCCCGAUUUAUUUUGAAAUUUCUCGGUGUUGACAUGACAAUUGAGCCAAGAAAAUUUUCAAAAUAUUUAAAAAUCACAAUCACCUUAAAUCAAAUUCUGAUCAUUGUUCUGCAAAUCAUUUAUAAUCUCACCACCCAGGAUGAGGGUGUUGAUGUUUUGACCAACAUUAUUUACAUCAAUUACAAUGUUGUGGCAUUGGGAAAACUCCUCUCCAUGUAUUAUCGGCGUCAGACAUUGGCCAAAGUUCUGGAAAUCCUAGAUGGAAUAUAUCCCACACAGCGGAUCGAAGAGAAAUAUAAUUUGAACAGCUAUUUUCGUUAUUAUUCACGAAUUGAAACUUUCAUUUGGUCAUUUUAUCGUUUGGUUGGUCCAGUCUAUGUAACCCUACCAUUGGUGCAGUCUUUGAAGAGUAUAUGGACUUUGGGAAAAUUUACUUUAAUAUUACCUCUGUCUUUGUGGAAAAUGGGCGAUCCAUUGGAUAACGAUUGGUGGUUAACAUAUCUGUUCUACUAUCUGAUUGGUGCAUUUUCUUCGAUUUCUUCGGGAAUGACCAUCACUGGCUGUGAUCUCUGUUUGUAUAGCUUAAUAACUCAACUGUGUAUGCAUUAUGAUCUAUUAUCUCAGCGAAUUAUGGAACUGCAACCGGCCGCGGGAGAAGAGAAUGCUACGAAACGGCUGGGUAUUUUAACACGUCAGCAUUUGAUUGUAACAAAUGUAGCCAAUGAAAUCAACAUAUUCUCUGUAAUGUCUUCAUCGUUCACCCUUUGUUUGGUGGCCUACCAAAUGUUGGAUGAUGUCUCAAUUUUCACCAUUGUUAAGGCCUUCAUACUACUCUUAUACGAAAGCAAACAAGUGAUUAUCACUUGCUAUAUUGGACAAAAGCUAAAGGAAUGUAGUUCGUUAGUCAAUGCAUCCUUGUAUGCCCACAGUUGGUAUGAUGGCUCCACACGAUACAGACGUCGUGUACUUUAUAUGCUGCUGUGUACCAUGCAACCGUUUGUUUUGAAUUUCAUGGGGAUUGCUGAUAUAACAGUGAUAACACUGAAAGAGGUUUAUGGAAAUGCUUAUAGACUCUUCACAGUAUUCAAGAGUGCCUAAUCAUUGUGAAAUUGUCCUCAUAAACAACUUUUAAUUGCGUAUGGUGUGGACAUCCUAUUUAUAGUUUCAUCUUCUCCCACACAUGAUGGAAAGGACUUAGACUAA